UACAUGCGGUUGUAUAACAUUGAUUUGAAUUUUGCUUGAACUAACCUAAAAUCCUACUAAGCUACAUACACAGUAUUUCAAUAUGAUUGUAUUAUCAUAUCUAAGACCAGUUUUUAGUUUAAGCGCUCGUCAAAUUGCAAGAUUUACUUCCACCAAUGUCUGUCCCAACGAAUUCCAAUUCAAAUCAAAUUACUCAUCCGAAGAACAGCAAAAGAUUCUGAGCAUCAUCAAUGAAUCGAAUGCUGAAGAACUCUCGAGGUAUGACAUGUCUCAGGCAAGGAUAAAGAAUUUGGAUAUGUGGAGAACCAAGAAUGGACCGUUCGUGACGCUCCACGAAAUUCUAGAGGUCGAAGGUUUAGGUGAAAAUGUAUUGGAUAAACUAUGCAAGAGCAUUAUUUUCAAUAGGAGCACCGACAAAGUCGUCAGCACAGCAAAGAACCGUAGACAAGUUCUGACUCCUCAGUUAGACUCACUAUUAGCAAAUAGUUUGCAAGAUGCAGUUGGAAUCCAUUUGGCGCCAACAGGUGUGAGUUGGUCAAAGAUGGAUAGAGGCUCAAAUUUAGUACAAUCUUGGAACUACAUUGACUUUAUGUCAGUUCCUAAGAAGUUAACUCCAACAGAUAUAUUUCAAAUGUCAGUUAGUAUUUUAAAUAAGCUGCCAAUUGGAGAAGUGUAUGUGAUGGAGUCCUCACAAUCUGCUGGACCUCAAAACAGCAAUAUGAAGCAAGCUCCAACUUAUACUCAGCAAAUUGAGCUAAGCUCAAUGCUCUUGGCGCUUCUCAAUACAAACAACAAACAUGCCAUCAAUAUGGGAACUCAGGAGAAUCCUAGUUAUGAAAACAAUGUUUACUACCUAAGAUCAAAUCUACCUGCAAGAAUGUUCAGGACCUUUGUGGGAAAUGAAAGAGUCUCAACUACAGGCAUUGUUAAACAACUUUUAGAUAAAGAUGAUAGUUUGCCUUGUUCCACCGUAGAAUUCCAGGAUAAUUUGAAGGAAUAUUAUUUUAGCCAGUCCGCGUCUCGCAAGGAUCUGCUAGGACAAUCUCUGAUGCUGGUUAUAACUUUCAUGAACUUGUGCAUAUACAGAAAUCCAAACAGUUUAGCGGCUAUUGCACCGGGACGUAGUAUUGAAAUUUGAUUAAUUUAUUUCUGCAACCUAACAUAAACAAAUGUUCGUUUGGUUGCGAAGUCAACUCAUAA